AUGGAUGAUUAUGCCAAAGUUAAUAAUUUACAAAAUGCUCUGAAAGAUAUGAACCGAGCCAUUAAUCUUUAUCCGAAUAAACCACAAAUUUGGAUAGGGACAGUAUCAGUGGAUUUGAAGGAAUAUGAGUUGGCAAGUUUAUGUAUUCACCAACUUGCAGAAAUGGAUGCAGGAAAAAUACGAAUGAAAGCCAAGAAAACUAAGGAUUUAACCAACACUGUUACUCCUCUGACUCCUUCAGUUCGCCAGUAUUUAAGGCCUGCAGAAUUGUUGAAAUUGGCAGUGUUGAUUAGCUGCCUCUUUUUGUACAGUCGCAAUAGCAAGCAACAGACGUUUGAAGCUGCAAUUGAAGAUCUUUCAAAAACUAUUGACCUCAGCAAAACCUGCAUUUUGGCAUACUAUAAUAGAGCUGUCUGUUAUUUUCACAUUAAGGACUUCAGAAAGGCUUUGAAAGAUUAUGGAAUUAUUCUUUUGCUUGAAUUUAGUAAGGAAAUAGCUUUUAAAGUGUUAAUUAAUCGUGGACUGCUGUACAUGGAACUUGAUGAUUAUGCUAAUGCAUGCAAGGACUUUAAACAAGCAAUGUUGCAUAGUCCAGAUGACAGCCAGAUCUUUCAAGCUAUUGGAGUCUGCUAUCAUAGACUUCAUGAAUUUGAAGAAGCUGUGACAUCAUUUGACCAAGUUCUCAAAUUAGAUCCUAUUUCUGUGGAUGCCUAUGUUGCAUGAGGAAACUCAUACAUGGAAAAUGGACAUAAGGCUGAUUGUAAACAAGCACAAAAAGAUUUCUUGAGAGCAAUUCACCUGAAUCCAAAGUGUAUAAAAGCCAGAAUUAGCUUAGGAUACAAUUUGCAGAAACACAAUUCAUUUUGGGCACUUGGAAAGCUUCAGAGAGCAUGGGGACAAUUUACAGCUGCCAUUUGCAUUGAUCCAAAAUGCCAUGCUACGUAUGAUGGACGAGCUUCAGUCUGUCUUCAAAUGGGUGAAACCUUUGCUGCAUUUCAAGAUAAAAAUGCUGCACUAAAGCUCACUACCACUGUUCCACUGCUGACAAACUGAGAUGUCAUCAAUCAGUUAAUGGGACAUCUACCCUGUGCCAUGAAGGACUAUCAAAAAGCAAUUUCUGUUGACCCAAACUAUGCAUUAGCCUAUUUCAGUGCAGCAAAUGUCUACUUCCAGAAUCGACAGUUUUCACAGGCCUGUUGCUAUUAUUCCAAGGUAUUACAACUUGAUCCAGGAAAUGAAUCUGCUGUUAUGAAUCGUGCUAUUACAAAUACAUUACUAAACAAUAUUGAAGAAGCCAGAGAAGACUUUGAGAAGGCAAUUUGUCUCUGCCCGUUCUCUGCAGCAGUAUAUUUUAACAGGGCACAUUUCUAUAAUGGAUUGAAGCAAUACGAACUAGCUGAGAAAGGCAUUUCAACAGCGUUGUCAAUUCAGCCUAAUGAUGCCUUGAUGUAUAAAUUUAGAGCUGAUAUUAGUGGUAAACUGGGUUUCAAUAAAGAGGCUGUUGAAGACUAUAAACAAGCAAUCAACAUUUGA